AUGGGUGGUUACUCAUGUAAGACAGGGCUUCACAUGUCAGGCUUUUCUUCUUCAAUCCUUUCACCCGAGAGCGCUGUCUCACGUCGGAAAGUCAAAAUCAGCACUUGGCAUCCUGGUGCCUCUACUACAUGGGUAAAAGAGGACUUCCCAAACCCGUUUCCUUGUGACCUUUUGGAUGCAAUAAACGUCGUAUACACAAGGGAUGAUGGUCUCUUCUACAUGUCAUUGGGGAUUGCGCUAGGGGUAUUUGAUCCGUCUGAACGUACUUGGAAUCUUGUCCCUUUGCUGCAACCGAUCCCAAGAUUCGAGAGGCGCACGAUGAGGUGGAUUACUGAAUACAAAGGAGAGAUAUUUCUUGUAGAUGCAUCGUCUGUGAAGCCGGUGGUGUACAGGCUUAACUGGUCCAAGUCGGUUUGGGAAAAGAAAGAAACAUUGGAUGGUUGCUCAAUUUUUGUGAGCGAUGGGUCAUGCGUGAUGACUUGUGGGUCAAUGAGUAACAUUUUGUAUUUCUGGAACACUGAUAUCCGUCAGGCGUCCCAAUCUCACCAAUACUCAAUUUCCUCUAUGGAGGAUGUGAAUCUCAACGACGGAGAGUCACCGGUGUUUACCUUUGAAGAGAAAACACUCCAUGAGAAACCGACCUAG